GUCUGCCAACUUCUACUGCGGCAGUGUUCGCCGGACGGCCACGAUACGUCGACGCGUUGCGGCUUCACUCGACACACGCCAGCGAUCUAUAUCACGCGUAAUCAUAUUGGACAUUUUUUAAAAUCGUUUAACAUUCCUUGAAAGACCUCAAAUAAAUUGUCGAAAUCAAACAACCUGUAACCGCUUCAGUCUUGUGCAUGCUGAGAUUAAUUAGACAAUUUUGUACAAUGAAACCACCAGUGAACGCGGCGGCCCUUCUUCACGAUGUGGACAUACCUACGAAAAAAGCAACGUUCGGCAUGGGAUGUUUCUGGUCGAACGACUCGCUGUUCGGCGCGACCCUUGGGGUCAUUCGAACUCGCGUCGGCUACGCUGGUGGCACUACCAAAAACCCACAUUAUAGAAGCAUUGGCGACCACACGGAGGUGAUAGAGAUUGACUACGAUCCUAAGUCGGUGACUUAUGAAGAUCUGUUGGACAUGUUUUGGGCUAAUCACGAAUAUGGACUGACUACCAAACUAAAGAGACAGUACCAGUCGAUGAUUUUGUACCACGACGAGGAACAGCGGCAAGCGGCGGAGGCGUCCCACAAAAUCAUGGAGGUUCGCUGCAACGGACAACUCCGUACAGAGAUUGCUCCUGCCGGUCCGUUUUAUCCCGCUGAAGACUAUCAUCAAAAAUACAGGCUGCAAGGGCACAAGGACCUUUGCCGUAGCCUCGGCCUGGAUUCUUCGAAGCUCCAGACCUCGCACUUGGCUGCCAGAUUGAACGGUUACUUAGUAGGUGUGGGAGGCAUGACGCAAUUCGAACAAGAAGUCGGUAAACUGGGUCUGAGUGAGAAACAAGCUGAAUAUGUCAGAAGAGAGCUAGAGCGCAAUGAGGGCGGCGGUCUCGCUUGCUAGUUGCAAUCGCAUGCUGGCUAUAUCUCAUUAGUAUGAAUUCAAAUAAUUUUAUGAUAUUAAUAUACCAUUCACAUAUUUGCGGUAUGGAACAUAUUAGUUUAUUAAAUUGUGUAUUU